UUCUGUUCUUUCACACGCCCACAAUACUUGAAAUGGAAGACAGCGAUGCUCUUAUUGUGUGCCCAGUGACAGAUCCAGAUGUUUCGAAUUUCACUUUGAAAAGAUGCCAUUACAAAUCUCUGCCUGAGCAUAUGACAUUAGUUCCUGAUCCUCAGAAGGGAAUCACCAUAAAAAAUGUACAGAGAUCAUUUCUAGGUUGUUACCGGUGUGUGGCACAACAAGAUGGAGUUGAAAAAAGAUCGAAAGAUAUAACGCUUGUGGUGAGACCAGUUCACAAAUCCUUACCAUCCAUCACCUUAUCCAAAACAAACCAACUUCUCAAAGAAGGUGAAGAAUUUGAAGUUACAUGUACAAUCAGGGAUAUAGAUAGUUCUUUGCAAGCUAAUUGGAUUUUUCAAGGCAAUGCGAAUCUUUCCAGCAAAAGCAAGAAUGUGCGUGAUUAUGAAUACGAACAAAAAUUAACGCUGAGCAUCCGUUCAGUGGGAGUUAAUGAUUCUGGAGCCUUCACAUGCCAAGCAACCAAUGCUUUUGGAACAUCUAAUGUCACGCUAACCUUGAAUGUAAUAG